UGAGGAAGUGACAAGUUUCCUCCCUGAAGAUGUUUGGCCACGCAGUAACUUGCCUUCUUCUGGUCAGUUUCACACUAGCCCAGACUGCACUGCUGGUCUGGGGAGAGACCCCACAGGAACAAGAACUUAAGGAGACUAAGAACUUGACCAUUGAGAGGGUAAUGAAAACGGUAACGAGCACGGUAUAUCACACAGUAAAGGUGUAUCCUACAUGUACCACCACUGUGGCAGGUGUAUCAGCGUGUAUCCCAGGUGAUGUUGACCCCAACAUCCUCUCUCUUCUCAAGUCAUCACAAAGUGCUUCCCAUUCUCGGGUAACAUCUAUGAGCAAUUUGCAAACGUCAAGCUACGAUGUUGUGGAGAUGGUGUUACCAUCGUGUGACUGUGGCGCUACAGAAGGUCGUCAGCCACGACUCCUUAACCACCAGCUAAUUACUCUCAGGUCGUUGGUGUCGUCGACUGUGGAUGUAAUCACCAGCAUAACAGACCAGUCAACCACAGUCUCUAUCACCUACAAUGGCUGUGUUCCCCUGGAUGCUGUCGUUACCACACCUUGUGUGCUCCUUUGA